ACACACACUAAUUCUUGUAUCUACUAUCCUAACAAAGUCAGUUUUAAUUCAUGGGUCGUUUUCGCCUUUUGUGUUAUGUUAUCUUUAGCAGUAGUUUACUGUUAUCGGGUUCAUCUCGAGGUGCUAUUUAUCAGCCACCGACUGUUGAGCGAUUAACGGACCAUUUCCCUCCUAUGCCCAUCACCCAAGGUAUGUCUACGUUCUUUGGAACAUCAAAUAUUCAUCUCAAAAACAACGGAUCGUCUGCUGAUAUCGUUCUGGACAAAACCUCAGGUUCUGGAUUGGUUUCAAAGAAUACAUACUACCAUGGAUUCUUUAGUGCUGCGAUAAAGCUUCCAAUGGGGAUUACUUCAGGAGUGGUACUAGCUUUCUAUAUGUCAAAUUCAGAUGUAUUUCCACAUAACCAUGACGAGAUAGACUUUGAAUUGCUUGGGCAUGAGAAAAGAAGGCAAUGGGUUCUGCAAACAAAUAUGUACGGAAAUGGAAGUGUUAGAACUGGAAGAGAAGAAAAGGUGUACCUCUGGUUUGAUCCCACACAGCAGUUUCAUCAAUACACCAUCCUUUGGAACAGCCACCACAUUGUGUUUCUAGUAGACAACAUACCUGUGAGAGAGGUAAUCCAUAAUCAAUCCAUCUCAUCUGUCUACCCAUCAAAGCCAAUGUCGUUAUAUGCGACCAUAUGGGAUGCUUCGGAGUGGGCUACGCAUGGAGGAAAGUACCCCGUGAACUACAACUACGGGCCAUUCGUGGCGUCUUUAGGAGAACUGAAAAUCGAAGGUUGUAUGAUACAGAAAAUAAGCUCCCCAUUGGUGGUCGUAUGUGCAAAGAAUGCAACCCUUUCCAGCGUGGAUCCCGUGGAAGGAGAAGAUUAUGCAACACUGUCGAAACAACAGAUGGAUGGAUUGGAUUGGGUUAGGAGAAAACAUAUGUUUUACUCGUACUGUAAAGACACGACACGAUAUAAAGUAUUACCUAUAGAAUGUAACUCUCCCUAAUUCUUUGUAAUUUAGAAAUCAAGGGUUCAUACAAUUUAAAGCA